AUGGCAGAACGCGGUGGAUUCGGAUCCGGAUUCGGACGUGGCAGGGGACGUCGUGGAGCGAGGAAUAAGCCCCCGGAGGACGACUUCAAGUCAUGGGUUCCAGUUACCAAGCUCGGGAGACUCGUACACGCGGGCCUCAUUGAGUCGCUAGAGCACAUUUAUCUCCACAGUCUUCCCGUUAAGGAGUUUCAAAUCAUAGACUACUUCUUCCAGCCCGAGAGGAGCGAGAACAAGCUCGUUGACGACGUUGUUAAAAUCGUGCCCGUGCAGAAGCAGACCAAUGCGGGCCAGAGGACCAGGUUCAAGGCCUUUGUGGCAGUCGGUGACUACUCCGGCCACGUGGGACUCGGCUCCAAGUGCGCAAAGGAGGUCGCCACUGCGAUCAGGGGAGCCAUCAUCAGCGCCAAGCUCGCCCUGGUGCCAGUGAGGAUGGGUUACUGGGGAAACAUGAUUGGCGACCCGCACACGGUGCCCAUGAAGGUCUCGGGCAAGUGCGGCUCAGUCAGAGUGAGGCUGGUCCCGGCCCCUAGGGGCACUCAGAUCGUAGGCGCUCCUACCACGAAGAAGCUACUGCAGUACGCCGGCAUCAAGGACUGUUUCAGCUCCAGCAAGGGAAGCACCAAGACCAGGGGCAACUUCCUCAAGGCAGUGUUCGCGGCGCUGAAGAGCACCUACGGGUACCUGACCCCCGAUCUCUGGGAAAAGAGGCCCUUGCAGCCGUCUGUUUACGAGGAGUUCUCUUCGUUCCUGCUUUCAAAGUGA